CUUCUGCGAACCAUGUGCUUAUCUUAUCAAGUCCCCGUGCUAUGGGUUUAACAGACUUCAUCACUUGCCUACGCUCAAGUUUAUCCUGAGAAACAUCCGAUGCGUGAAAUGGGGUGGCUCGUCACCAUCACAUUCUGCCUCCUUGAAUUUCAUUUUGCAGCCCCCUUCGAGGGUUUCAGCAUAAACUCACGUUUUGAAAAUCAGAGCUCCACUAGGGACACUUCUCCUUUCGUCUCAUUGGACGAAAGUGCCUCGCUGAACUACAUCACUGCCGAACUCCCGGUUUCAAAGCGGCUCAAAUCAUCUCAGCGACUCUUUGUCGUCGACUACGAAAACAACCGCUUCCUGUUUCUACCCUUCGGUAUGUCCAUGCAAAGUGGGUCGAUGCAUUACAUGCGCAUCCCAAGAAUACAUUGGAGAGAUAGGCUGCUGAAGCUGAGGGCAGCAGGCCUGAACGCCAUCCAAACGUACAUCCAAUGGUCUCUACAUGAGCCUUGGCCUGGGGUUUAUGAUUUCGAUGGAAACCUUGACAUCUCGUCGUACUUCAAGGAAGCUCAAGACUUGGGCCUUGCAGUCAUCAUCCGCCUUGGCCCAUACAUUGAUGCCGAAAUGGAUAUGGGUGGGCUUCCAUUCUGGCUUCUAAGGGAGGAUCCCCACAUGAAGCUACGAACAAGUGAUCCAUCAUACAUGAAGUGGGUUCAGAAAUGGUAUGGUGUUCUUCUACCUAUACUCCGACCACUUCUGUAUGAAAAUGGGGGACCCAUCAUCAUGAUGCAGAUUGAAAAUGAAUAUGGAAGUUACUUUGCCUGUGAUUCAAACUACACCUUGCAACUGCGAGAUCUCACAAGGGGCUAUGUCGGGGAUCAGACUGUGCUCUUCACAACAGAUGGACCCAGUGUGAACUACCUUCGAUGUGGGUUUAUCCCCAAGGUCUUUCCAACAAUUGACUUUGGAUCAGGACAAGACAUUGGAGCAGCCUUCUUCAAUGGCCUGCGUCCUUUCCUGCCCAAGGGGCCGCUCGUGAACUCGGAGUACUACCCAGGUUGGAUAGACUACUGGGGAUAUCCUCAUAGCACAGGUGCCACCAAGGCAGUGGUUCACACCAUGGUUCGAAUGCUUGCCCUACCGACUGUCUCUGUCAACUUCUAUGUCUUCCAUGGAGGCACAAACUUUGGGUUUUUAGCAGGUAGCAAUUCAGAUCCAUUUCGAGGGGUAACAACAUCAUAUGAUUAUGAUGCCCCAUUGACUGAAGCUGGUGAUCCAACUGAGAAAUACUUCACCAUUCGGGAUGCACUUAAUGUGUUGUUUCCUGGUCCUCAAUUCCCUGUGCCAGACCCAACGAAGAAAUAUGCCUAUGGCAAUGUUGAAAUGAAUUAUGUCACAUCUCUGUCGAGCCUCCUCAGUUCCCUCGCUCAAGAGCGGCCCAUUUCCAGCUCUCACCCUCUAACAUUUGAAGAGAUUGGCCAGGCAUAUGGCUUCGUCUACUAUGAGACUGUCGUGGACAUCCAUCCAACCGAUCCAGCCAUCUUGAACGUGUCUGAAGUGCAUGACCGAGGAUAUGUGUUUGUUGGAGAUAAACCUGUGGGAAUUCUCAGCAGGGAAAGCAAUUCCUACUCUAUGCCAAUUUCUAUCAUCAAGGGGCAGAGAUUGGGGAUUCUAGUUGAGAAUCAGGGACGAAUUGCCUUUGGACGUGACAUCAAUGAUUUCAAGGGGAUAAUAGGUAACGUGACCCUGAGAAUGGCAGGUGAUGAUAAGCUUCAUAUCCUGGAGCCCUGGUCUAUGCAUUCAUUGCCAUUGAACAACACAGAGGACUUACUGUCUCAGUUGAGAAGACGUUUUCAAAGAAAUCCCUUGCCCAAACAAAUAGUACACGGAUCAGUAGCCUUUUAUUAUGGGACUUUUCCACUCCCUUCAGCACUGAAGAAAGAACCUCAAGACUCCUUUCUUCAAUUUGAUGGAUGGACCAGAGGCAUAGCCUGGGUGAAUGGUUUUAAUUUGGGAAGAUAUUGGCCAGUGAUGGGACCACAGUUGACCCUCUACGUACCCAAGAGUGCAUUUAGGCCCCUGAAUGAGGUCAUCCUGUUUGAACUGGAGGGCAGCCCAUGUGAACAAGAUGGUAAAUGUAAGGUGCAGUUUGUGGAUUCCCCCAUUUUGAAUGGAUCCACUCCUCACAUUGAGAGUCCAUUGAGCCUUGCACAAAGAAUUUCUGGUGAUGGCCUGUUUGACUUGUCUGGGCCUGUUUGA